CCAACUGGAAGUGGAAAAAGUAUGGUGUUGUUCACGUAUGACAAAGAAAUCCCCUGCCUUUCUCCUCGUGAUUCCCUUUAACAUUAACGGCACCUUCUUCUUCUCUCCAGCUUUGUUUUGGCGUUAAUUUAUCCUUCACACCCUCACCUACCUACCGCUUCUCUUCUUCAUUUUCCAAUGCCCGCUUAAUCCAACCUCUUCAAGCUGAUGGUCGCGACCCCUACCUUCACUCCUGCCGGUCACUGAAUUCUUUUUCCUUGCUUUUGAACGCCUUUGAUCUGUUUCCGGUGGCUGCAGAUGGGGAAGAAACCAACUGCCCGCUGGUUCUCCACCGUCAAGAAAGUCUUCAAAUCUUCUUCUUCUUCUUCUUUUAAGGACUUCACCUCGCCCGAGUUCCACAACAAGCAUAAUGCUCCGGAGGGUAUAUCACUUCAACAAUUUCCCGAGGAGAAUUCGACAGAAAUAAUGAACGACGAAAGCGUUCAAUCGACACCGAGGAUCAAAGGUCGAGAUCAUGCCAUUGCGGUUGCAGAGGCGACUGCAGCAGCUACAGAAGCUGCAGUUGCUGCAGCUCAGGCAGCGGCAAAAGUGGUUCAUUUGGCUGGCUAUGGGUGGCAAUUUAGAGAAGAUAGUGCAGCUACUCUUAUUCAAGCUUAUUACAGAGGCUACUUGGCGCGACGAGCACUGCGUGCCUUGAAGGGGCUAGUGAGGCUGCAAGCAUUGGUCCGAGGCCACAACGUGCGAAAGCAAGCAGAAAUGACGAUGCGUUGCAUGCAAGCAUUAGUGAGGGUGCAAGCAAGAGUUCGUGCUGGUAGGCUGCAAUUGGCAAACCAAAAUUAUGAUAAAAGAUUUGCAGUAGAAGAAGAAGGUUGGGAUGGUGGGGUUGUAAGUGUAGAGAAAAUGAAAGAAGAUUGUUCAAGAAAACGUGAUGCCCAAAUGAAAAGGGAAAAAGCUCUGGCUUAUGCAUAUUCGUAUCAGCAACAUCAACGAACACAAGAAGAAGGAAUGUUACAAUUGGGUGGAAAUGUGAAUGGUUUUAGGUUUAACCAUGACAAGGCCAAUUGGCUCCAGCAUUGGAUGUGUUCCCACCCAUAUCAUGUUCCUCAUUCCAACGCACGUGAGUCUUAUAUCGCACCCACAACUGCCACCACUGCAACAGACGACAUGUCGGAAAAGACCAUCGAAAUGGAUCCCAUUGCACUGGCGCAACUAAAUUUGGACUCGAUUGAAUUAGGCUCAUACUCGACUCGACAAGAGCGAGUUUCCAAGAAUGUUCCUAGCUACAUGGCCCCGACCCAAUCCACUAAGGCCAAGGUGAGGAGUAGUCAAGGCUCAAUCAAACACCAAAGACCAAAAUGCAAGAUGUCAAUGACAAAAAGAUCGGUUUUCGGGUUGGGUUGUGACUCGUCGAGUUCAGGGGGAGGAACGCAAAUGAGCCGAAGCCCAAUGAAGAAUGGAACUCGGUUGUCUCCGAUACAGAUGGUAGGGUGUAGCCCGGAGUACACUGCAGGAGGAGAAGAUUGGGCAGUGCCCCUUGGUGUCAAAGAUUGGAGGGCUGGUUUUGCUUCAUUCACUUAAAUACUCAUGUUGUUCAAUCAAUAAAUGAAUGUCAUCAGUCUUUGCUUGUUCAUACA